GUGAAAAUGGUUUAGGUGUGCCUGUGCAAGUCGUAAAUGCACAAGGAAAUGGGAAUUUAUCUAAAUUAGCUGUUGUAUUCAACCACACAAAAAGAAAUAUCAAAAAGUCUCGUGACUAGUGUAAAGCGUAUCGCAUUCCUAGUUUAAAAGACUAUGGCCAACUGGCUGUGCGCAGAAAGAGCUCGAGUUCCUUUGCUUCAUCCGAACGUCGUAAAAAGUAUCAUUCGGUCAUCAUCGUUGCCUUCGAAGGUUAUCCGAUAUACCGACCGUGAACUAGCACGAUUGCAGGACAGCUUAAAUUGAUUGGGCUGUAUUGAUAUUCGUUCGGAUAAUCCAUCUAACGAUCUUCAUACAUAGGAUUUAAAACAAGUCCCUCAGCUUUCACUCGCUUCUGGACUUCCCCUACCGGACGAUGGAUUCAACGUCUGGUGAUGCCGGAAAGGAGGACGACGACGAGAGUUCCUCCUCAUCGUCCAGUGGAACAGAGUCAACUUCACCGAAACGUUCGGAGCUGGAUGAUUUCCGCGAAAAGUGGCAACAGGAAUUGAAGAAGGAACAGCAACACGCUGUCCAAAACCCCUCGCAACCGACACCAGCGUCUUCGCCAGUCGUUGUUACAGACGGGGACUGGGAACGUCUGUCCAUCGAUCAGCAGGCACGUGCCUUGUACAUGCAAGGUUCCGAGCUGGAACGGAGUGGCAAAGUUUACGAAGCCAUGCGUCUAUACCGCCGGGCAACACAGCUCGUGCCAGACAUUGAAUUUAAAGUCUACGAGAAAAAGCACGCACCAGCGCCGUCGAACGAUGCUGCAACCGGAGCUGAUCCGAUCGUCGAUGAGCUAGUUGAACGCAUGAUCGAAGCGAACAUCGACGAAGAGGAAGAGAAUUUGGAAAAUGUUGAUUUGGGACUUCGAUUCCAGGCGUUGAUGGCCCGGUCUCGAAAACUAUUCGAACGGGCCAAUAACGACCGUAUGCUUAUCGUCACUUCGGCCCAUUUAUCGGACCUUCCCAUGGAGCUGAUACUGUACAUCCUCCGGUGGGUUGUAUCGUGCGAUCUGGAUAUGAAAUCGCUCGAAAGGUUUGCAUCAGUUUGCCGUGGAUGCUAUCUGCUUGCUAGAGAUCCGGAAAUAUGGCGUCACGCUUGUAUGAGAGUCUGGGGUGUCAAUCUUGGGGCGUUGAAGGGGAGUCAGUUUGGUAGUUGGCGCGAGAUGUAUAUUAAGCGACCACGGAUCCUAUUCCACGGUUGCUACAUCAGUCGCGCAAGCUAUCUACGUUCCGGUGAGAACAGCUUCCAGGAUCAAUUCUAUCGCCCCGUGCAGCUGGUGGAGUACUAUCGCUAUUUCCGAUUCUUCGCCGAUGGCAAAGUGUUGAUGCUUACAACCGCCGAUGAACCGCAGCAAUGUGUCGUAAAGCUUAAACAACGCUACCCGGUACAGAACGAAAUACUUCGUGGACACUAUCGAUUGUUGGAUGAUAUGGUAAUCAUCGUCAUACAGCGCAACCGUCCACCGGCAAACGCACACUUACAUCGUCCGGGCAGAAAGGUACGCGAUACCGAGCCGGAGUAUGGUCAACAGCAAACGUUCUACAUGGAACUGCAGAUCGUUAGCACCGCCAAGCGGCAGUUCAGUCAGCUGCACUGGAAGCAGUACACGAUGGUGCAGCUACGAAACAAUCAGGAGAAAACGACCCAGUUCGAUCUGAGUACGACUAAGUAUCCACCGUUGUACUUUUCACGAGUCAAAAGCUACCACCAGGAAUCGGAAGGACCAUUGAAAUAGCUUCUGAGCUGGAAUCAUUACUUAUUUUUCGUGAGCUUAACAGAAGGAAUACCUGGUUUAUUAUUUGCCAGUGAACGGUCCGAUUGACCAUUGGUACCUAUUUUAAUCAGAGUAGGUUAUAGGUUCGAUUUUAAAAUCGAAAUAAAAAAAAGAUAUAUAGCAAAGCAACAGGUGUGCUGGAUUAACAACAAUGAGCUGGAAAAGUGAAUACCGAAAGGAAAAGAAAUAAAAAAAUUAAUGGUGAAUGAUAUUUGUGAACUUC